ACUGACACCAUGUGCCAGAUCCUGCCCAAAGGGGUGGUGUCGGUUCUGGGCCCAGCUUCGAGUCCAGCCUCGGCCGCCACCGUCAGCCACAUCUGUGGGGAGAAGGAGAUCCCCCACGUGAAGGUGGGCCCCGAGGAGACCCCCCGGCUGCAGUAUCUUCGCUUUGCCUCCGUCAGCCUCUACCCCAGCAACGAGGACCUGAGCCUGGCCCUGGCCCGGAUCCUGCAGGCCUUCAACUCGCCCUCGGCCAGCCUGCUCUGCGCCAAGGCCGAGUGUCUGCUGCGAUUGGAGGAGCUCGUGCGCCAGUUCCUCAUCUCCAAGGAGACGCUGUCGAUCCGGAUGCUGGACGACGCCCACGACCCGACGCCGCUGCUCAAGGAGAUUCGGGACGACAAGAUCUCGACCAUCAUCGUCGACGCCAACGCCUCCCUCUCCUACCUCGUCCUCAAGAAGGCCUCGGAGCUGGGCAUGCACCUCGGCCUCCUAUCAAUAUACAUCCUGACCACCCUGGAUUCCCCCAGCCUGCCGGCUGGAGCGACGUGGUGACGCUCACUCCAAGGUCCUGGCUUCUCCGUCCCACCACAACAGCCACCGCUUCUACCCGAGUCGUCCGCCAGCCUCCACAUGUCCUGGCGGGGAGACCUGCGAGCGCAGCCUGCUUCCCGCG